AUGCGGCAUAUAUGCCGUACCCCUCAGUCAUGUUUUUUGCACGUUCCCUUCCCUCUAGAAAUGCUAAAUAUCAAUCUCCUCCCGCAGCGCGUGAGAGCUACGAUGUGGAUAACCCGGACCAGCUCACAUGAGGCGCCCUCGGGCCGUGUCCAUAACGGGACUGGGCGUCUCAGACUUGCGGCUCGACGUCGCACGUGGUGGCGCGCCCGAGUCGAGUCCAAGCUGCGCCUCCACACGUUGUCUAGCUAUACUCACCACUCCGAGACGACGAACAACAUAAACGGUGGCUACGAACAUGUCGCGGAGUACAUCCCCAUUGCCCAGCCCAACUUGCCCUCGCCAAGCUCACCGCAGGCGCGAGACGAGCGAGUGCACCGCACUCACGCGCCCCAGGGCCUGGAAUUGCUUUGGGGGCCGGAAGGCCAUGGGGCACGCAAGAACGAAGGGAAACACAAGAACGCAAUGGACGAGGAUGGGGAGACAACAAUGCAGCAAGACCGGUGUGAAGCAGACCCAGAAGGCUCCAUCGACGGCGACUGCGAGGAGAAGAAGGCUGUCAAAGUGCCGAAGGAGGAACUUGUGCGCGGGUGCAGGUAUGGCGCGACGUUCCUGCCCGUCGCUGAUAGGGGCUACCCGUGA